AACGGCACCUCUUAACCUUGCAUCGACAACCACCGACAGUAUCGGGGGCAUCGGCAUCAAAUCUGGCUUGAAGGGCGUCUCCCUCUCUGCACCAUGGCGAUUUUCGCCAUGGGCUGGCACAAGCCCGACAAUGUCGCUGGCUCCUCAGCGCCGGCGAUCAUGGUCGGGCUCUUUGUCGCCACCGGCGGACUGCUGUUUGGCUACGACACGGGCGCAAUCAACGGGAUUCUCGCUAUGGACAAGUUCAAGCACGACUUCACAACGGGUUUCACCGACGACGCCGGGCAGCCAGGCAUGUAUCCGGGUCAGGUAUCUUUGAUCGUUGCAAUGCUCAGCGCCGGGACGGCUGUCGGUGCGCUGGUGGCCGCCCCGAUCGGGGAUCGCUGGGGUCGGCGGCUGUCUCUCAUCGCCGCCAUCGGAGUGUUCUGCAUCGGCGCCAUCUUCCAAGUAUGCGCAACCAACGUGGCACUCCUCGUGGUAGGGAGAACAUUAGCUGGCGUCGGUGUUGGGAUCGUCUCAGUUUUGGUCCCAUUAUAUCAAUCGGAGAUGGCCCCGAAGUGGAUUCGGGGAACUUUGGUCUGCGCAUAUCAGUUAUCCAUCACGGUCGGGCUGCUCGCCGCCUCGAUUGUCAACAUUCUGACAUACCGUCUCCCAUCGGCCGCGGCCUACCGUAUCCCCAUGGGCCUACAACUCACAUGGGCCGUCGUCCUGGCUCUAGGUUUACUAAUCCUUCCCGAGACGCCUCGGUUCCUGAUAAAGCGCGGCCUCAAAGACGCCGCUGCCUUAUCCCUUAGCCGCCUCCGCCGCCUGGACAUCACGCACCCCGCACUGAUCGAGGAACUGGCGGAGAUCCAGGCAAACCAUGAGUACGAGCUGGCCUUAGGGCCUGACACGUACAAAGACAUCCUCUUCGGCGAACCCCAUCUGGGCCGACGAACGCUAACAGGCUGCGGCCUGCAGAUGCUGCAGCAGCUGACCGGCAUUAAUUUCAUCAUGUAUUAUGGCACAACCUUCUUCAACGGAGCGGGCAUCGACAACCCGUUUACUAUUUCGCUGAUCAUGCAGGUUAUCAACAUGGCGUCGACAUUUCCUGGUUUGUUUGUCGUGGAGUCGUGGGGUCGACGACGGCUUCUCAUCGUGGGAGCAGUAGGCAUGGCCAUCUGCCAGAUUCUCAUCGCCGCGUUUGCAACGGCCAACGGCGACAACAACCAGCCGACGCAAAACAAGAUCCUCAUUAUCUUCGUUGCAAUCGAUAUAUUCUUCUUUGCGGCGUCCUGGGGGCCCGUUGUGUGGGUCGUCACCUCCGAAAUCUACCCGUUGAAAGUCCGCGCGAAAUCCAUGUCUGUCUCGACAGCAUCCAACUGGCUCCUAAAUUUCGGCAUUGCGUACGGCACGCCAUAUCUGGUCGACACCUCGGCGGGAUCAGUCGGCCUGGGCUCGAGAGUGUUCUUUCUGUGGGGUGCAUUCUGCAUGCUCUCCAUCGCGUUCGUGUGGUGCAUGGUCUACGAGACGAGCAAGAUCAGUUUGGAGCAGAUCGACGAGAUGUACGAGCGGGUAGGGCAGGCAUGGCACAGCAGGGCCUUCGAGCCGACUUGGAGUUUCCAACAGAUGCGGGAUUUUGGCUUCUCGGAGAGCGGUAUCCCCCCGACAGACCCGCAGCUCGAGCUACACCCAUCGAAUGCUAGCACAUCACAGUCAGAUACGGGCGGGAGCUCGACAACAAACGCAACGGCGACGGCAUCACAAGAGGCCAAAGAUGCUUUACCGCACCUAGGACAUGUCAAUUUCGAUUAUUAAUAUUUUGGAUUAUUCGGUCGCUUGGUGAUAUCCGGUUUUACGUCUGGCUAUGUUGUGGGAUAUCAACGACGGAGUUCUGACGUGACGGAGUUAGGGGAAGGGCGUCAAGUGUGGGCAUAUCUUUCCGGUCCCAAGUGUUGCUUUUUCACCUAUAGUUAUGGGUUCAGGGGCCGAUCUUGAGGGUUUGCCAUAAUUUCGCCAUAUAUGAUGAAUCUUACAAUCGCUCUGGCAACGUUUGACGGAGUUCAUAUGGUUUUGGACACGGACUGGGGACGGAUCGCCUCGUCAGGAGAUGGUAUAUUCUAACUUCUGGCCGGAAAGGGCGCAUGGUGCAUCAAGGGCCUGCGAAGGUAGGCACCUGCUACAUUGGAUGCCGUGGGAUGAG